AUGGCUCACUUACCUCAAUGGACAGUAGUUGCUCGUCUGGGAAUGCUUCUGGGAUGGGGCUUAGCCAAAGAUGAUGAAACCUUCUCACAGUUGCAGACCCCUCCCGCCACCACCGAAAUUCCCAUCCAGUCCUCGAAUGCCCCAAUUCCCAUCACCCUUCACUUACCACAAUCCACCGCAACCAUCAAAAUUCAAUCGGCCUACCGGGCCCACCUCAUCCGCACCCACUUCAAAACAAUCGCAGCCGUCCACUCCGAGGCCGACGAGUUCCAGCGCCUGAUCCAACGGCAAGAAACUGUUGAUUCCGUCAGGACAAGCGAGCGCGAGAAGCUGAGGAUGAAUGAGUCCCUAAUGCGGCUGCUGUUGAAGCUAGACUCGGACCCCACGGUGAGGGAAGCGAGGAGAAAGGUGAGCCGUCGGAUCGUGGACGCAAUCGUAUUGGAAGACGUGGAUGGCUUCUGGGGUGGCAGAGACGAUGGGUUUGGGAGGAACUGGGAUGACGUCCUUGCGGAGAUGAAGGAGGAGGCGUGCAAGGACAAAGGAGGGGAAGAGAUGGAGAGGUUUUGCGCUCAGUAUAUGGGGUUUUUCUAGUUUUUUUUAAUUUUUUUUUAAUUUUAACAUUUAGAAGAU